UUUUUUCGAAUAGCAGCAUUUCGGUGGACAGGAGUGUUAAAAUUUUGUUCUUCUAAACAUGGAAACGACGACUCUGAUUUUUAUGACUGUGGUAAUAGCACUUGCGUUCCUUUUCUUAUUAUGGAAGAAAAGGGGACAGAAACCUUUACCUGGGCCUAUGGGAUUGCCGCUCUUUGGCUAUCUUCCGUUUAUGACGAGAAAACCCUAUAUUAAAUUGAAAGAGCUAGCGAAGAUAUAUGGGCCUGUUUAUAGAAUACAGUUAGGCAGCUAUUCUGUGGUGGUGCUGUGUGAUUUUCAAUCAAUAAAGGAUGCUUUCGCAAACGAUGUUUUCAUGGGAAGACCUCUUGAUAUUCCUUUCGAACUCAGCGAAGAUACCUUACGUACCGGAGCUAUUUUGGGCAUGCCAUGGAAAGAGCAAAGAAGAUUCUCCUUACACAUGUUUCGUGAUCUUGGCUUCGGUAAAACGCGCAUGGAGGAACACAUAAAAGUAAAGGGUGGCCACCAUCCCAUGAGCUCUCAAGCAAGAAUCACCAGAGUGGAGCAACGGGCGGAGAGGUCUGCUGGAUUAGAAAGUGCAGACAGACCAACGGAGCAGCAAAGCAACGCGAACAGACGAGGGGAGCCAGGUAGAUCCGGGAAAAAGCGAGGACGUGAACAACGGGGAAAGGGUGGCAGAGAGGAACCUGAAGCACGGCCCGCACAGAAGGGGGGGUGGGAGCGGAAAAGACAGUGCCGUGGGACGUACUUGCCGAAGAGGAUCGGGCGGAAAUGCUCAAACCUGCAGGGCAAGCUAGCGACCACUGCGCAUUUACAGGAGAGGGGGCAAAACGGGCCAAGGGACAAUGAAAGCACAAGAGCAAAAUGA